AUGGGGAAUAUCUGCACCCGAAAGCGGCCUACCAACGUCGACACUGAAAACGUCGUAGACAUUGGUGCAGAUAUCCCAGCGGUCCACAUGACCUUUAGCCAGAGAUGUAUUGUGAUGAUAGGUCCCUCUGCCAUAUCGUUCCAUUCACCGAUAUGGCGACUCACCCUCUGUACCCCCGUCAUGCUGGUCAUCUACAUGGUUGUGGUGCCCAUGUUCUGGAAAGAAGAUGCGGCCAGCUUCCGUAUCAACAACGCCAGCGGCCCUAACAAUGGUGGGUGA